AUGAAGUUGGUGUGGCUUCUGUACGGUGUUUUCGUGAUUUGUGUGCCAUUCCUGUGCGCGAAACCGUUGCAGGAUGGUCAACUUUGGAAGCAAAACAUAUGGGAGCGUCAUCGUAUUAAGAGACAAUUUUCACUGAACCUCGGUGCAACACAUGAGGAUGGCUACGGGACGGAUGUGAACGCGGAAGCAAUUGCCAGUUUGUGGAAGAGCACGAGCGGUAACACGAAGCUAGACGGCUCGGCAACCUAUACGCAGCACUUUGGUGGCAUGGCUGGAGAUGGUAAACCGCGCAUUAGUGGGUUAUUAUCCUUUUCUCAUAACUAUUGAAUUAUCUUUUUCCCGGCUGGGCGGCACCCAUCUCCGUGCGAAGGACAUGACUACAGGCUUAAGUUGAAGGUAGUUUUCACACGAUAGUCGCGAAUCAAGCAUACCUUUGGGUUAAACGAAAUAAACAACU